CUGCUCAGCUGUAGUAGCGUCAUAAAGCCCGGCCUGAAGUAUCGCGAGACUGCGUCACGACACAAGCCUCAGUCAGCUACACAGCGGCAGCCAGGGGACACAGACGGAGGGGAUGGCAGCAGGCAAGCAGUACACAGUGACAUGCACGGCGGUGGGGGACGGGGGAGUCGGCAAAACAUGCCUCAUGCUCACUUUCUUAACAGGAAAAUACCCGGAGUCCUAUCUCCCUGGAUCCAUGGACUGGCACAACGAGUUUGCCCACGUGACUCGAGAGCCGGUCAAGUUUGAAUAUGAAGGGACAUCCGUCUCCCUGAACCUCGUGGACACAGUUGGACUGGACGAAUACCAGAAGUUGCGGGAGAAGGUUUGCCACAACACUGACGUCUACAUGGUGUGCUAUGACGUCACCAACCCGUCCUCCCUGGACCGUGUGGAGCAUCACUGGGUGCCAGAGAUCCGGGACUACUCUCCAACUGCCCCCUUCCUCCUUGUGGGCACCAAGACGGACGCCCGGAACACCAUCACCAAGGACGCUGACCCCAAGUGCCGGUCCAUCCCGGCAGAAGAGGGGAUCCGAAGGGCGGAGGAGCUCGGCGCGUUUGGAUACGUGGAGUGCUCGGCCAAAAGCUCUGUGGGACUGAGACGAGUGUUUGAAAGUGCAGCGUUAGCAUACAUGGACAACUAUGUUCCUUCCGAUACCAAGAAAAAGAGUUGUGUGAUAUCGUAGUCGACGAUGUAACCAUCUGUCACGUCGCCUGCCGUUUCAAGGUGCUGUAUUCAUGCUGGUCUAACAUGUCAUAUCUGGUUCUGUGCGGGUUCCACCAUUGACCGGGCCGCUGUUCAUCCAUGACGUCUAUGGCUAUGACGUGCCAACGAAGUUGGUGUAUCGAGAUACUGUGUACCAUCAAUAUGUCAUGUUCUGUAUGGAUACAAAUAGACGCAAGGAGGAUGUAUUCGCGUAGUGUAAACCAGUUGUCAGGAAAUAUUUCCUAACUUUGCGGAAAUGAGUUCCGCCUUGAAUUUUUAAUUCUUUUCAAUGGUUUGAUAUAAAACCCAUCCCGCCAGCAUCUGUCUUGUAAACGUGACAGCAGGUAGCGCUAUUCGCGUCGUACCUGGCACAGCGACAAACUGUAUUGCUACCUUUCUGUUGUUGACGUGUGUGCAUCUUUGGCUCACCCUCGCUUAUCCAGUGAAUUUCGUGUUUAAAAGUAUAUAAUAAUGGAUAAAUAACACGCUGGAUAAUCGAGGGUAGGCCUCUGAGUAAGACUUAUAUGAAUGUAUCAUUACCUGGUUAUUGAGAGCCUUGUCCUGGUGUUAGGUUUGCUGGUAGAAUACUGCCAGCUUGUCCAUGUGCUACCCGACCACAUGGACCCCUGGACCUGUUACCCUACAAUGUUGUGUUAGACCGCGCUACCAGGGUCUUUUGGAAUACGUGCAUGUGUAUAUAUUGCAGUGUUUGGAAUGUACUCGUACAAGGGUUCAAGACGGCCAUUAUUUUGCUUUUUACGUCUGUACUCCGAGAAUUGACAAUCCAAGAUGGCCCCGACCGUGAUAAGAAGGCCGCCAGACAAAGCUGACACUGAGCUGCACUGUCCGUAUAAGUGUUUGAUUGUUUAAGGACCAAAAAGACCCCAGAUCCGACCUGAUUGUUUAAAGACCAACCAGACCCUCCCAGAUCCGACCUGAUUGUUUAAAGACCAACCAGACCCUCCCAGAUCCGACCUGAUUGUUUAAAGACCAACCAGACCCUCCCAGAUCCGACCUGAUUGUUUAAGGACCAACCCGACCCUCCUCAGAUCCGACCUGAUUGUUUAAAGACCAACCAGACCCUCUCAGAUCCGACCUGAUUGUUUAAGGACCAAAAGACCCCAGAUCCGACCUGAUUGUUUAAAGACCAACUCGACCCUCUCAGAUCCGACCUGAUUGUUUAAGGACCAACCCGACCCUCUCAGAUCCGACCUGAUUGUUUAAGGACCUGAUUGUUUAAGGACCAAAGACCCUCUCCCAGAUCCGACCUGAUUGUUUGAGGAAGUACCCGACCCUCCCAGAUCCGACCCCGACCAAAAGACCCUCCCAGAUCCGACCUGAUUGUUUAAAGACCAACCCGACCCUCCCAGAUCCAGAUCCAACCUGAUUGUUUAAAGACCAACCAGACCCUCCCAGAUCCGACCUGAUUGUUUAAAGACCAACCAGAUCCGACCUGAUUGUUUAAAGACCAACCAGACCCUCCCAGAUCCGACCUGAUUGUUUAAAGACCAACCAGACCCUCACAGAUCCGACCUGAUCAUUUAAGGACCAGCCCGACCCUCCCAGAUCCGACCUGAUUGUUUAAGGACCAACCGGACCCUCUCAGAUCCGACCUGAUUGUUUAAGGACCAACCAGACCCUCCCAGAUCCGACCUGAUUGUUUAAGGACCAACCCGACCCUCUCAGAUCCGACCUGAUUGUUUAAGGACCAACCCUGAUGUAUGGGGAACAAGCCCGACCCUCCCAGAUCCGACCGGAUACAUGAGGACCAACCCGACCUACCCAAAUCCGACUUGAUUGUUUAAGGACCAACCCUGAUGUAUGGGGAACAGCCCGACCCUCCCAGAUCCGACCGGACACAUGAGGAUCAACCCGACCCUCCCAGAGCAUCAAUGUUACUGUACCAACAUACACCAAGAUUAUCAGGACCAAAACGCGUAGAGCUUAUACAAAUAUAUGUCCCAAACACGCUAUUUCUCUCAGACACAGGGCGUGACGUGGUUUGUGUUGCCAACGCUACGACCAGCACAAAGGUGGAAUAUAUCGUCACUUGAAUGGGACGUUUCCUGAUAGUCUGUGCCGGCUGACAUGACAUCAGCGUGUGCAAUGGAGACCGGAAGCCGCGCUAGACAGAUCGGAAAGGCUGCUCACAAAGUCCUGGCAAUGUUUGAUUUGUUGUGUACACAUUCUGGACAUAUGCAUCAUUGCAACGAAGACAGCUUGAGACGAAGAGUUAAAUUUUAAUUCGAACUACGUGUAUGUUAUGAUAUUGAAUUCAACCAAUGUUAUAUUUUACGUUAUAUCGGAAUAACUUAAUGUAUAGUGUUGUAUGUGAAACAUUUGUAAUAAAUAUAAAUUUUCCAUGAA